AUGAUUGGAUGUGAUCAUGCCUUCCAGUUCCUUGAAAAUCGUCUAGUGAAAGGGGACGGGCCGACAGUACAGUGUUCAAAUUUGGGAUGUUUUGUGUCAGGACCACUGUUUCCCGUUAAAAUCGAACACUCCGUGAUUACAUCAGCAGAUCGAAUCAACACAACCGCAAACGAACAUAUCAUCGAGGACAAUGAUCCCGAGAUACAAUCACUUGAGGAAUUCAUCAACAGCAGCACUCUUCAGCCAACGGAUGAAAAUGACACUGAUUUCGAUGAACAGUUUAAAUCGGACUUCAUGCAAAAAAUCGAGUUCAAGGAUGGGAACUAUUCGGUUCCGUUACCAUGGAGACCAGACCACGCGGAACUACUCACUAACAGAAGGGAAUGCGAAGCCAGGCUACGUCAAGUCAUGGCAAGAUUACGUAAGUUAAACCUUCUCAACAACUACACCCAAGUAAUGCAGGAAAACCUGGACAAGGGUUUCAUCUCAGAGGGCAGCCAAGAUGACUGUGACACCGGCCACUAUUUGCCUCAUUUUCCCAUACUCCGUGACAGUGAAACAACCCCCCUGAGAAUCGUUUUUGACGCCAGUAGUGGUAGCCCAUCGCUCAACUCAUGCCUUUAUGAAGGACCUAAUAUGCUUCAAGACCUAACUGAACUGAUCAUGCUCUUUCGGACCAAACGGAUUGGUCUGUCCGCAGAUAUCGCUCGUGCCUUUUUAGCUGUGCAUUUGUUAGAAUCGGAGAGGAAGUGGGUUAGAUUCCUCUGGUAUAAAGACAAUGAUGUCUCGAAAGAACUGAUUCCUUAUCACUGUAACACUGUCAUAUUCGGAAAUGUUUCCAGCCCAUUCGCCCUCGCUAUCACUCUGCACAAGCAUCUGUCUAGUUACGAUACCCCAGUUGCCAAGGAUAUGAAAACAAAAUUCUACGUUGACAAUCUGUUAACCGGAGUCGAUUCAAAUCAGGAAGCAUUGGAUUACUUCCAGGAGUCUCGUGAGAUCAUGAACCACGCGUCUUUCAAUUUGCGCCAAUGGAGUUCAAACUCGGAAACACUCGAUGAAAGAAUCAGAUCGGAAGGAGUACAAACAAAAUCUGACAUUGUAGGGGUACUUGGACUGAAAUGGGAUACCAAAUCUGAUCAGAUUUCAGUCGCGAAAAAGGAUCUCAAAUCAUCAGGAGAACUUUCAAAACGUAAAGUAACAUCUCAGACCGCAUCAAUCUUCGACCCGCUCGGAAUUGUAGCACCGCUGACAGUCCCUGCUAAGUCUUACGUGAACAACCUGUGGAGAGGCCAAAAAACCUGGGAUGAACACUUAUCAAUCACCGAACGGCAAGAAUGGGAAACAAUCAAACAGGAGUCCCUCUCUCUCACGCACAUGCUAUCUAUACCCCGUUGGCUAGGGGGUGACACCAGCAAACCGUUACAAAUCGUAGUAUUCUGUGAUGCAUGUCCCACCACCGCCAUUGGUUGUGUCGCUUACGCUAAACAGAACAAUAAAGUCGCCCUCAUCGGCUCUAAGAACAAAGUCAUCUCAGAGAAAAAUGUCAAUUUCACAGUCCCUAAGCUUGAACUGAUGGCCAUGGUCUUGGGGGUAAAUUAUGCAGAGACCUUGCGAAAUACCUACAUCACGUAG